AUGUCGUUAGAGACGAAAGAGUCCUCGAUCGAGGAGAUAGACAAUGGCAAAGCAUAUGCGGAAAACGUUGAACAGGGUCAGAUAAUGAUGACCGAUAUCAAGUCUUUGCUUUCUGAGCCCCAUCGGGAGUAUCUUCUUCAGCGCCAUGGCACGCUCGAACUAGAUCCAAUUCCCAGUCCGUCUGGUGCGGAUCCAUAUAACUGGCCGACUUGGAAGAAACUAAUCAAUCUAGUCCUCGUCGCCUUCCACGCCAGCAUCUCAACAAUCACAGCCUCCAGCAUCACACCCGCAUACAAAGACAUCGCAAUCGACCUCGGUGUAUCACUCCAACGAGCAAGCUACCUCACCUCCCUCCAGAUCGCCAUCCUCGGUGGAGGACCGUUUAUCUGGAAACCUCUAUCUCAUCGCUUCGGUCGACGCCCUAUCUUCCUGCUCUCACUUAUACUAAGCGCGGUCUGCAAUGUUGGAUGUGCAAAAAGUCCGACAUAUGCGUCCAUGGCGGCGGCCAGGGCUCUAACGGCACUUUUUAUCUCACCUGCUGCAGCCAUCGGGAGUGCUGUUGUGGCGGAGACAUUUUUCAAGAGGGAUAGGGCAAAAUAUAUGGGCGUUUGGACUUUGAUGAUCACCGUUGGGGUUCCAAUUGGACCGCUUGUCUUCGGUUUCGUUGCAUAUCGUGUCGGCUAUCGUUGGAUAUACUGGGUCCUGGCUAUCACUAAUGGUGUCCAGUUUAUCCUAUAUCUCUUCCUCGGUCCGGAGACGCGAUAUGUGGGCGGCAGCGUCGAGGACCAGUCCUCAACCCUGAAAUCUCAGUACCUUUCCUUGCGACGAAUCGACCCCAGUUCGCUAACAUGGAUGGAGUUUAUCCGUCCCCUGUUCAUGGCCAAACAUACGAACGUCCUCUUCCCCUCUAUUAUCUAUGCCAUGGUCUUCCUCUUCGGCAGCGUGCUCAUCACAGUCGAAGUCCCGCAACUCCUACAGGAAAAGUUCGAACUGAACACAGAACAACUAGGCCUGCAAUUUCUCGGUGUAAUCAUUGGUUCGGUGCUAGGCGAACAAAUCGGUGGCUCUCUGUCAGACUUUUGGAUGAAUUCUCGCGCACGCCGGAUACAGCGCAAACCAGGGCCUGAGUUUCGUCUUUGGCUGAGCUAUCCGGGUAUUCUCUUGGCCAUUGUGGGUAUUAUCGUAUUCCUGGUGUGUACGGAGCAAGCACCUGAGGGCCAUUGGGUCGUAAAUCCUAUCGUCGGGACGGCGGUUGCAGCAUUUGGAAACCAGAUUGUCACGACGGUUAUGAUUACUUACGCGGUGGAUUGUUGUCCACAGGAUCCGGGGAAUGUGGGUGUGUUUAUCACCUUUGUAAGGCAGACGUGGGCGUUUAUUGGGCCGUUUUGGCUCCCUGAUAUGUUUGAGAAUGUAGGUGUGGCGGCUAGUUCUGGGAUUACGACUGCUCUUAUGGUCAUUUUUAGCUUGGUAUUUGCUGUGCUUCUGCAUGCGUUUGGGAAGAAAUGGAGGCCUGGUAUUGAAUAG